UACAAAGUAAACGUACGUCUGGUUUGCGUUUCAAAAUAUAUUUGUGUCACAAAAAUCACUAUUUGUUGAAAUGCGAAACAAUUAUCACCGAAAACAACGACAACACAAGUCUUAGCGGACAUCUCGCGAGCGGUGGUCACCGGUCAAGACAUGCGGUCCCCUAAGAGAGUGGACAACGCGUACGGAAAGGAGAUAAUCAAUGGUAAAGAGUAUUACGACUGCAAACAAUGCGAUGAAGUCUUCAGAGAUAUCAAAGACAUUAUUUGUCACGUGUUUCGCGACCACUUGUGGCCACAAGAGGUCACAACCGCUGCCACCGCCGCACCCGUCGUCGUCCGCACACCUCUGCCUCGAGACACACAUCGAGACAAUCGCCGCUCAAACGAUGGCCACCGAAAGAGUGGCCAUAAGUCGCCGCGCAUUCCUCUGCCGCCGACUCUAUUGAUCAAAGGUGUUCACCGAAUGCCGGAUCAGCUCAAAGAUCAUCGCAAAUCCGUGGCCACAAAAUCGGAUCAAAUCAGACAUUACGCGAGUAAACAGUCCAAGAGUUUGUCCGAAACUAAACACUCAAUCAAUGGUCGACCGCCGGUUCACACAUCCGACAAAUCGGUGCCAAAACGUCCGCUUAAUAGCCAUAAGUCGAUACCUGCGGAUCCAUUAAGACAUGAGGCGGAGAGACUGUUGAAGAGGUUGUUGGACAAGAAACGCGCCAUUAGUGGCCAAUCGCCGGCUCACACUUCAGGCCAGUCGAGGCCGAAACGGCCGCGUUAUGACAGUCCGUUCGCACCGACAUCUAAACACGUUAUCAAUAGAGUGCCCACAACUGCCAAACCUAAUGGCGGGACAUCUAGUCAGCCGUUAUUAUUGGCGCCGCUAAAGAAUACUCAAUCCGAUGACCAGCCGAUGGACAAUGACUUUCAUGUGGACACAAAGCGGUUCUCGUGUCUGGAGAAGGGCUGCGGAAAGUCAUUUUGUUUUAUGCAAUCAUUAAUACAACACCGACUCAAACACACCGAAAAACGAGUGGACAAAACGGCCGCUAAUCUGACCACAAAAGUGACGACUAAUACAUAUAAAGCUAAAGCCAACACAACUGGCCAUAAGUGGACGUACAGCACGAUACCCGGCUAUCAGCGAAUGGGCCACAAGUGGUAUAAAUGGCGACGACUGACCGACAGGAGUCUCUACCGGGACAAGAAGGAGAGCCAUCAACACGACCCCAACUAUCAGGGCUUUGCGUCACUAAAGCCGCUGAAAGGCUGGUACCAGUUGGACGUUGUGGACGGUCUGCGGCAAUACCAGUGCCGAUACAAACUCCAGGACGAGUCGUACUGCCCGUUUCGGGCCAAACGCUCGCAGCGAAUGGCCCGUCACUUGAACUGCUCUCACUUCCGGAACCGGCGGUUCGCGUGCCGCGAGUUGGGCUGCGGACGAGUUUAUCUAAACCCCACUAGUCUUAGGCAACACGAGUUGAACCACAAGUGCGGGUUCGGCAUUGAAAAUGGCCGCUAUAUGAACAGCGUGUGCGGCAAUAAGAACAUUAUGAAGUUCCGGCGGAGUGCCAUCGGACCCGACGGCCGCUCUAAGGUAUACCAGUGCGCUAUCUGUGACCGCGAGUCCACUUCCCAUACGGCCAUCAAACGUCACAUCCAUAAUCAGCACUUGUGUCCCAUCCGUAAUGAGUACGUCGAGUGCUCGCCGCCGAUACCGACCGCUGACAGUGUCCCAGAGGUUUCCGCCGGCGCUGACAGCGAUGGCGACGACAUACAGAUAAUCGAAGAGAAUUUGGCCACCGAUGCCGGUCGGCGUCAGUCACGUGUGAGUCCAGAGACCAAACGAUUCCUAUUGGAGAGAAACGCGAGACCGGUGUCGAAGGCCAGACACGGCUUAUGUAUGCAACAGUUGGAGCGAUUGGUACGGAUUCGACCAUUUUUUGUCCGCUCCCUUAUCGACGGCCACACCCGCUAUGUCUGCCAAUACCUCGACUGUCGCUUCCCGGCCAAGACUCUGGAGUACAUAUCAAUGCAUUUAAAAGGCAAACAUUUUGUGAAUUAA